AUGGACAUCGUGGAGAGGGUCCAGCGGUCCGACUACCCGCACCUGCAGGAGAAGUUCGACCACGCCGUGAGCGUCGUCGAGCGGGCGCUGUCCCUGUACGGGCGCGGAGGUGUGGCGCUGUCGUUCAACGGAGGGAAGGACUCGACGGUGCUGCUGCACAUCACGCGCGCCACGCUGGCGCUGCACCCGCACCUGUCCACUGGCGAAGGACUCGGGCUCCCUGCGAUGUUCUUCGCGAGGGACGACGACUUCCCGGAGAUCAGGGACUUCGUCGACGAGGUGGACAAGAGCGUGUGCGACGGCAGGCUCCUCCGCAUCAACAACAGCGACUACAAGGCCGCCAUGACCGACCUGGUUGCCGACACAGGCUGCACAGCCUUCCUGAUCGGCACGCGGCGCGGUGACCCGAACGCCAAGGGGCAGGAGCACUUCUCGCCGUCGACGCCCGGGUGGGCCAACUUCAUGCGAGUCAACCCUAUUCUGGAUUGGUCCUACAGUGAAGUCUGGGCGUUCCUGCGCGAGACGCAGGCGCCGUACUGCAGCCUGUACGACCGCGGGUACACGUCGAUCGGCGGCGUGCACAACACGGCGCCGAACAACGCGCUGCUGACUCAGGACGGAAAACACCUCCCCGCGUUUGAGCUGGCGGACCAGCGCAUGGAGCGCGCGGGGCGCGGCAACACGCGGCACAGCGCGGGGCCGACGCCGCGCGCGGGCCUGACGCGCGUCGCGGGGCUGCUCAUCGUCGGCGACGAGCUCCUGUCGGCAAAGGUGCAGGACACCAACAUCUCCUUCAUGUGCGCGGGGCUGCGGCGGAUCGGGUGGCGCGUCGGCCGCGUGUGCAUCGUGCCGGACGACGCGGAGGACAUCGCGGCGGUGGUGGCGGAGAUGUCGAAGCUGUACGAUAUCGUGAUCACGUCGGGCGGCAUCGGCCCCACGCUGGACGACAAGACCAUGGAGGGCAUAUCCGCGGGCCUCGGGCGGCAGCUCGUGUCGCACGACGAGCUCGACAAGCGCAUGCGGGCGGCGUGGACCGGCGACGACCUGACGAACGCGCACCUGAAGAUGACCAACGUCCCAGAGGACGAGGACGUGCUCCUGCACGACCUCCCCGGCGAGGAGGACGGCAUCAAGGACGGCAAGUUCGCGGGGAAGAUGAACCCGUUCCCGCUGGUGCAGUGCCGCAACAUCCUGGUGCUCCCGGGCGUCCCGAGCCUCCUCCGCAAGAAGUGGGCGACCGUCGAGCGCGUGCUGAUCAAGUCCGUCCCCGGGGGCCUCCCCCUGGGGCGUUUCCACAACGCUGCUGUCAGGCUGCGGUGCGGGGACGAGACGCGCGUGGCGCCGACGCUCGAGGACGUCCAGCGGCGCGCGGGCGCGGAGGUGAGCAUCGGGAGCUACCCGGUGAGCGGGCAGGAGGACGGCGCGGGCAUUGUGUUGUCGGUGGAGGGCAAGAGCCUGGAGUCGGUGCAGGAGGCGAAGACCGACCUGCUCGCGUCGCUGCCGGAGGACGUGGGCGUGCUCGCGGUGUGCGACGACGUCGAGGAGCUCGGGUCGCCCGCGGUCGGGGCGCGGGAGAGCCUGGAGCGGCAAGACAACGGCGCGUGA